AGAAAAACAGAAGACACAUGUUUACUAUUGUAAUUGCUGUCAUCAAGAUCUGGAGAAUUUUCCAUCUAUUGGCUGUGAUCAUUGCUUGUUAUGGACUCACCUGAAAUGUUGUGGUCUAAAAGAUAGGCCCAAAACAAGAUAUUGGUUUUGUAGGAAGUGCCACACUAAUCCUACUCUGUGAUGUGUGUUGUUGAAAAUAUUUGGAUUAAAAAAGUACUUUGAUAAACUAUAACAAUAAAAAGAGUGAAUUCAAAGAAACAAUGAUGAAUAAUUGUGAGAUAAACAAAAUUAAAGAAAGAAAAUAAGGAAGUUAAUUUCAGAUAAUGAUUAAUCAAUAAUUACUAUUUAAUUAGCUCGUUAAAAUGGGCGUGGUUUAGGCACCACGUGAUCAUGCCGGUUCUAUAAGACCUUGAAAAUGGAAACCGGUACCGGUUCCGUAGCCACUUCGUAUAAUUUAACGUUCUUGCAGAGUAUCAUCCAGAUCAUGUGUUGUACAGUUUCAUAAGCCUUCCAUUGGUCCUCAUUCUAUGGAACAGCAAGGAAAACUAGCUCAUUUACAUGACUUGAUAGAGAGUGGUGAUUUGUCUUCUUUAAUCGGCUUUGUCAUUAGAAAGAGAGGCAAGCUAAAUGACACUUCAGUUUGGAAAAAUAAGCUGAUGAGUCACUUCAAGGGCAGGUCCCUCAAUAACUGGGCCUUAGUUGUGCAAAGUGUACACGAGCUACUACAUGAGGCGGGAUGUGACUCUGAAGAAAUGAUGGAGCAAGUAGUCAUGUUUAUAUGUAGUGGUAAAGAUGUUCAAUCCUCUGACGACAAAGUUCUAAAGGAAACAUUUUCCGUACUAGAUACCUUAACUGCAGAAAUGAAUUGCAAUGAGAUACUUGAAUUUCUGAGGACUGAUGUCACUGUAGCAGGACGGGACGUAGUGGCAGUAGUUUUGAAUGACAUUGAAGAAAAGCUGCCGUAUCCCGUGCCAGCCAUCAGACAAGCAUUGAAGAGAACAGGUGCAGGAAAGACACAGGAGACAAAAGAUUUCCUUUUACACGGAGAAAAGGCACCUAUUAAAAGGAACAUAAAUAGUCAAAGAAGAAAAUGCGAAAUAAUCUAUCAAGAAUGCUUUUAUAGUUUAGAGAACAUAAAAGGAAGACUUAAACAAUAUCAAAAGAAAAAGCAAAAAAAGCCAUUCCAAAAGAAUAAUCCGGAUAAGGAAAUUGUGCUUGCAAGUGAAGGUCCAAUGAAUACCAAGAAAGCUGAUACUGACAUUAGUCGUUACUCAAGAUGAAUUGAUGAAUGUGGAGAAAGCUGAUACUGACAUUAGUCGUUACUCAAGAUGAAUUGAUGAAUGUGGAGAAAGGUUAGUGAAAAGUCUGCC